AUGCCGACGUCGCAAGCUGAAGAUGAACAGAUAGAGAAAGUGUAUGAGGAUAUUGAAAGGGGCGGGGCGGUCGGGGCGGCGCCGCUGCAGGUGCCCCCUCCCCCUCCCCCUGCCCCGCCCCCGCCGCCCCCGCGGUGGGCGGCUGCCGGCCGGCGGCGCGCGCGCGCGCUGCCUCCGCCCGCCGCCGCACAGUGUCUUGCGGAUCGGCGCCCCCGUCGGACGUGUCAUGCGGAUGCGGCCCUGCCGCCUCCAGCCGCCCAGCUCCGACGCCAGCGACCGCCGCGCCACGCAGCUCCGCCCCCGCCGCCUCCGCCGCUGCUGAGGCCGCCCGCCGCCAGCGCUCCUGAGGACGCGCGCCGCAGACCGACCGACCGACCGGCCGCCAGCCCGCCCCACAAGGUGUGUGCCGCGCACCACGUGGCCUGCGAGUCUCGUGCCACCACCUAUCUCCAGAGGCCUCCCGAGUGCCGCUAG